AUGAAGUCACUGAGCACUUGUGUUUCUAAUCCCAACUGGUUCUGUGUGUGUGUAUGUGUGUGUGUUUUCCUUCCAGAUUUGCCACCUCCAGCCACGAGAGAGCGUCCUCCGGGCUGCAAGACGGUGUUUGUGGGAGGGCUGCCAGAGAACGCCACGGAGCAGCUGAUCGUUGAGGUGUUCGAGCAGUGCGGCGACAUCAUCGCCAUCCGCAAGAGCAAGAAGAACUUCUGCCACAUCCGCUUCGCAGAGGAGCACACAGUGGACAAGGCCCUCUUCCUGUCCGGCUACCGAAUCAGACUAGGCUCCAGCACAGAUAAGAAGGACACGGGGCGACUGCACGUGGACUUUGCGCAGGCGCGUGACGACCUGUACGAGUGGGAGUGCCGGCAGCGCAUGCUGGCCCGCGAGGAGCGCCACCGCCGCCGCAUCGAGGAGGACCGGCUCAGGCCGCCGUCGCCCCCGCCCAUCGUGCACUACUCCGAGCACGAGUGCGGUCAGCUGGGGGAGAAGAUCAAAGACGACUCCAAGUUCCCCGAGGCGGUGCGCGUGCUGCUGACCUGGGUGGAGCGAGGCGAGGUGAACCGGCGCAACGCCAACAACAUCUCUGCUCCCUCCCACUCGCCCCCCCUCUUUCUUUCUCUCUCUUUCUCUCUCUCUCUCUCUCUCUCAUUCUCGGGACGGUUCUUUCUGGCCGUGGUCCCCCCCCCUUACCCCGCCACAGUUGAGCAGAUUGUGUCUGUAUUCCACGCUGCUUCCAAACAAAAGGCAUGGGACCAUUUCUCCAAAGCCCAGCGCAAGAACCUGGACAUGUGGCGCAAGCAAGCAGAGGAGAUCCGGAACAUUCACAAUGAGGAGCUGAUGGGCAUCCGACGUGAGGAGGAGAUGGAGAUGUCGGACGACGACAUGGAAGACGUCCCGGAGAGCAAGGACUCGGAUGACUCAGGUCCGGCUGCGCAGGCGGAGGCGCUGAAGGGGAGGAACGACAGCCUGCGCUGUCAGCUGGACGCGUACAGGAACGAGGUGGAGCUGCUGAAGCAAGAGCAGGGCAAGGCGGCGCCGCAGCGCAGCGAGGAGGACAACACGCGCCAGCAGCAGCUCAGCUUCCUCCAGCAGGCCCUGCAGGGCAUGCAGAAGCAACUUCUGAAGAUUCGUGAGGAGCUGAAACAGAGGGAGGCUGACCUGGAGGAGUUCAGAGGACAAGCAGCAGCUGGAGAGCCAGGUCAGGGCCUGAAGGAUCGUGUGCAGACCCUCCUCUCUACACACAGCUUGGCGCUGGAGACGUCGGAACGAGAUGACCGAGGCAGCGAGGAGAGCACCAAUCAAGCCAGUGAGGCCGCAGCGUCAGCAGUGGUGUCCUGCAGUCAGGAGAAGGAGAGCGUGCCAGAGAAGGGCCCGCCCAGCCCUGUGCGAUCCGAGAGGGAGGCUCUGCUCGUGGGUAUAAUAUCCACCUUCCUGCACGUCCAUCCAUUCGGAGCCAGCAUUGAAUACAUCUGCUCCUAUUUACAGCGCCUGGACACCAAGAUCAGUACGGCUGAGGUGGAGGCUCUGCUGGGGCGCCUGCCCUGCACGUUCAGGCAGGAGCUGACGGGCGUGGGCGCCAGCCUGGAGAAGCGCUGGAAGUUCUGUGGCUUCGAGGGCAUCAAGACGGCGUAGAGCUCUCGCGCUCAACAGGGGUGUCACGACGAGCGUGGGGACUGGGGAGGGCACGGUGUUUUCCCGGCGCCAGGACAACAGUCGCCCCGCCCCGCACCCCACACCCCGCCUCAGCCCCCACUCACCCUCCAACAACCUUCUUUUGGAAUUUCGUUUUGGGAAUCCUUUUGUGAACGUUGAGUUUUGGGUGCUUAGAACUGCCUCUGUUCUGCGUGUGUGUGUGAACAUUUGGGUGUGUAUGUGUGAACGUUGUGUGUGUGUGUGUGUGUAUGUGUGUGUGUCUGUGUGCACGUAGUGUGUUCUUUGUGUGUCACACACGGAGGGUGGAAACCCAACAGCACUGGCAGGCCCCCAGGAGGGAAAAGACUACUGCACAGGGAGAAAUCAGGGUCCGCUGAGAACUGAGCAACUUUCAACCAACUUCCUGUCUCUCUGGCCUUCUCUUGUUUCCUUCCAAAACUUUGUAUAAAACUUAUAAAUAUAUGAAUAUAUUUCUUCAUUUUGCUUUUUCUUUUUUCUUUUUUCUGUAUAGGCUGUUAACGGUGGCAUAGGUUUUGUUUAUAUACUCUGUAAAUGCUUGAAUAACAACUUGAUAUUUUGAAAUAAAAUGGAUGAACAGCU